AACUUGUUCAUUUUUGAAAACUUGCUAGAUCUGAAGCACCAGUAUUCGUUUCCUGUUGAAGUUGAGGUGCCUAUGGAAAGGAAGAAAAGGUAUAUUACUAUUAGGAAGGAAGCCAGGGAUGCAGUAAAUAGGGACUCAGAUGAGCCUCAGUAUUUGCCUUCUGCAUCAUAUAUGGUAGACAGCAGUCUGAGUGAGGAAAUGAGCCAAUUUGAUUUCUCAACUGGAGUCCAAAGUUUUUCUUAUAACUCACAAGACCCUACAGCUAGCAGUAUACACUUCAGGAGAAAGGAACCCACAGAAUCCAUGGAUCCAGAUGAUCUGAUGGAACUGGAGAUGGAUGAGCUCAAUCAGCAUGAAUGUAUGGCCUCUAUGACGACCCUGAUUAAACAUAUGCAGAGAAAUCAGAUUACACCCAAAGUAGAUGAGGGAAUAGUUCCGCGAGACCUUCCUCCAUGGAUGAAGUUUAUACAUGGCAAAUUGGGGAAUCCAUCUAUGCCACUAAAUAUUCGCCUCUUCUUAGCAAAACUCAUUGUUAAUACUGAGGAAGUUUUCCGACCUUAUGCUAGGCAAUGGCUUGGUCCCUUACUGCAGCUUGUUGUUUCUAGGGAUAAUGGAGGAGAAGGAAUUCAUUACAUGGUGGUGGAGAUAGUCGUUACUCUGCUUUCCUGGACUAGUGUAGCGGCACCCAAA